ACUACAAUGAGUUUGUUGCCCGCUACAGAUCUGGACCUAUGGAUUGAAGAAUACGUAUGGCCCAGACGAUGAAAAUUUGUACUUUGUGGGAACGUUGAAAUGUCAAUGAAUAAUCUGGAUAUUUAAGCUAUAAGCGUGCAGGCGAAUUUCAAUGAAAAUAGUUACUUAAUUUGUAAACGAAUGGCGGUAGUACAGCGCUUGAAAGUGUGCACAUUAAAAAUUGGAAAUGUUUUGGGAUGCAUCAUUCAGUACGGCUGUGUAACUCAUUGCUUUAUGGAAUACAUUGCGGAUUUUGUUGUGUGUUCAGGACCAUCAAUGGAACCUACAUUGUUUUCUAACAAUAUUCUUGUCACAGAACAUAUUAGUCCUAGAUUCAAGAAAAUAGAGAGAGGUGAUAUUGUUAUCUCAAAAUCUCCCAAUAAUCCCAAGCAGCAUAUUUGUAAAAGAGUAACUGGUGUUGAAGGGGACAAAAUUAAAAUUGGUUUUGUACAGCAUAUUAUUCCUCGUGGAUAUAUAUGGCUUGAAGGAGAUAAUCAUAACAAUUCUUCUGAUUCUCGAUUAUAUGGACCAGUACCUUUAGGUCUAGUGCGAGGUCGUGCGAAGGACGGAACAGAAAUAUCGUUUAUAAAAUUUGCAACAAUGCUGAGCAGUAGAACAAAACAUUUUCUCCACUGCUGCCUGCUUUUCACCGUAAUAGCUGUGUUUGAAAUAUUUUCUGGUGCUGUGCGUCUUGAAGAUGAUAGACCUGAAGAAUUUGACCCAUGGUUACGUUAUGGGUACUUCACAACAUACAUGCUGUACCUGAUUCGGCUACUUACGUUCCUUCCCCUACCCCAAGUCCUUUUCAAUUUUGUUGGUCUUAUUCUGUAUAACGCUUUUCCAGACAAUGUUCAGUUGAAAGGGUCACCCUUACUAGCUCCGUUUUUGUGCAUUCGCAUAGUCACAAGAGGUGAUUAUCCGCAGUUAGUGCGUAAUAAUGUUGCUCGUAAUAUGACAAAAUGUACUGAUGCGGGGCUGGAAAACUUUUUGAUUGAAGUUGUGACAGAUAAAGCUGUCGGUUUACCAGCUCACCGCAGAGUGAGGGAAGUAGUCGUACCUCCAACGUAUAGGCCCAAAAGUGGUGCCCUGUUUAAGGCAAGAGCAUUACAAUAUUGCCUCGAAGACGGUGUGAAUAUAUUAGCAGACAGCGAUUGGGUCGUUCAUUUAGAUGAAGAAACCCUACUCACAGAAAACUCUGUGAGGGGUAUUUUGAAUUUUGUGUUGGAUGGCAAGCAUCACUUCGGUCAAGGGCUCAUCACCUAUGCGAAUGAAGACGUCGUGAAUUGGGUGACCACGUUGGCUGACAGUUUUCGUGUGGCUGAUGAUAUGGGGAAGUUACGAGUACAGUUCUACAUGUUCCACAAGCCCCUCUUCAGCUGGAAAGGAUCGUACGUCGUAACACAGCUUUAUAUUAGCUCAUUUCGUCAGAUAUCCCAAGACAUCUCGUCCCCAUUUAAUGAUCUCAUUUCUGUCGUAGGAAAUCCUAUUGCAAGUAGUCUGCUUCCAAGUGAUCUCUAUAACAGUUGUGAAAAUAGAACUGUCUGUCGACACUCGCCUGAAAGGAAAGAAGUGGUGGGCGCGGAGCGGGCGGUGUCGUUCGACAACGGGCUGGACGGGUCCGUGGCCGAGGACUGCUACUUCGCCAUGCGCGCCUACAAGGAGGGCUACUCGUUCAACUUCGUGGAGGGCGAGAUGUGGGAGAAGUCUCCGUUCUCGCUGUGGGACUUCGUGCAGCAGCGCAAGCGCUGGCUGCAGGGCAUCCUGCUGGUGGUGCACUCGCGCGCCAUCCCGCUGCGCCACAAGCUGCUGCUGGCCAUCUCGUGCUACUCGUGGGUCACCAUGCCGCUCUCCACGUCCAACGUGGUGCUGGCGGCGCUCUGCCCCAUCCCGUGCCCGCCGCUCAUGGACUUCCUCUGCGCCUUCAUCGCCGCCGUCAACAUCUACAUGUACGUGUUCGGCGUCAUCAAGUCCUUCUCGCUGUACCGCUUCGGCAUGCUGCGCUUCCUCAUGUGCAUCUGCGGCGCGCUCUCCACCAUCCCCUUCAACAUCCUCAUCGAGAACAUGGCCGUCAUCUGGGGGCUCUUCGGGCACAAGCACCGCUUCUACGUCGUCAACAAGGAGAUCAAGCCGCCCAUCACGGUGUAACCGCCCUGCCCGGCUCCGCACAGUGCACUCCGAUGACUCCUUGACCUUUUUUUUUUUUUCUCUCCUUUGACAACGUGGACGCUUCGUGGCAACUGCACUGCGCGAGAGGCGCAGGAGUGCAGCGCGACCCUCUAGGCUCCUCCGAGCCCCCCUAGGCUCAGAGUGGUGCGGCGCG